AUGAGUGGCGAAAUGCAGAUGCCCCUACGGCAGGGGACAACCUUCAGCGACGACGCCGUCCCCGACCUCGACCCCACCACCACAGCCGGUCUCCUAUCCGAGAGACUGCAGGCCUGGAAACAUGCCGUGGGAUACCUCGAAGAAUACGUCGGUGCCACCGAAAAGAUCCACAAGGCGCAUGCCAAAGAGUAUGAGAAGGUUCUUAAGACGAUCUCCCAUCCCUUGAAAGAGGGGUCGCAUUUCGACCAGGGCCUUGGAGGUGUCGCCGGCCUCUUUGAGAACAUGAGGGUCAACACGCAGGCUCUGAUCAACACGAACGCCGAAACCGAGAAGACGCUCAAGGGGACCGUCCUUCCCAUACUCGAGCGGCUACACAAAGAAAUCAAGGCCAAGCACAAGGAGGUGUCGCACAAGGUCGAGAAGAGCGCAAAGGAGAUCGAGAAGGCCAGGAAUACCACCCAGAAGCACAUCGAGCUCCUGGGACAGCACACUGCAUCGUUCGAAUCCACUGGCGGCAAGUCGACCCCCGCCGAGGACCCAUACGUACUCCAGCGUGGUGUUGUCCACAGGUUGAACAAGCAGGUGGUAGAGGAGAACAACCACCGGAACGACCUGAUCAACGUCCAGGACGGCUUUCAGGCUUUUGAGGCCCACGUUAUCUUGACGAUCCAGCAAGCCAUCGAGGCCUUCAACCAAGUUGCUGGCGGUCAGGCUGAGAAGACCCGAGCUCUCUACACCGAUAUGCUCGGUGCGGCGCAGCGCAUUCCGGGUGACUUUGAAUGGAACGGGUUCCAGAACCGCGAGAGGGGCAGACUUGUUGACCCGAACGAGCCGCCGCGAAGCGUGGACACCCUCAGCUUCCCGAACCAGGGUCAUGUUUCCACGAAGCCGCUUAUCGAGGGCAGCCUCGAGCGCAAGUCGCGCAACAAGCUCUCCUUCGGCACGCAAUCCGGUUACUACGUCGUCACUCCGUCCAAGUAUCUUCACGAGUUCAAGGACGACGAUAAUCUCCGCAACGACCCCAAGCCAGAAAUGUCCAUCUUUCUACCUGACGCCAUAGUAGGUGCGCCGAGUGGUGAAAAAUUCAGCGUAAAGGGCAAGGACAAAAGCAAGAGCAUCAGCAGCAAGCUCACUGGGACGUCCGAGUUCUCCUUCAUUGCCCACUCUCCCGCCGAGGCUCAGAAGUGGUUCGAGGCCAUACACGCCGCGGCCGGCGCAACUGGCCCAGCGUACCAGAGCUCGCCAAACUCGCCAGUAGGAGGGUCGACUUCUUCCGGCGGGUUCGGCUCGAACGCUGAGAAGAUUGACUCGCAUGCAUCGUCUGCGCACAAGGAUCAGGAGGCUGGUAUCACGGGCGCAGACCCGGUUGGCAGCCCCACCGCCAUGUCGCCGACUGUCACCCGCCAGAACACCAUCGACAAGAAGUCCGCGGCGAGCUAG